UGUUCAUUUAUUGAAGUAAAGUGAAAUCAGUUCCCUAUAUCUUAUUUUUUUCCUGUAGACACAUAGCAACCCUCUUAAUGGCUCCUGAGGACUCCUGGACCCACAUUUUAAAAACCAAUUCGGCUCGUGUAGAAUAAAGUCUUUCUCUCUCUCUUGGCAUGGCCAAGUUGAAAUAACGGAAAAGAAAAGGAACAUGCGCAUUGGCUUGGGCUCCAUCGGAGGCGCCAUUGAUUCACAUGGACUGUAGUUCAAGUUUUCCUCCCCACACAAGGAAAGUCAGUUAUGCGGAGCUAAUAAAAAGACUCCAUCCCCCGGCGACGGUCGCUGCUCCUUUUUUCUCUCUCUCUUUCUCUCACCGAGCAGGGGGAGUAGACACAGCUGGAAGAAUAAUAAGAUGCGCAUGAAUUUACAAUCUGGAAUAAAAGAUAAGAGACAAAUAAAUGGACGACUUGGUUAGUGUGCGCGCGCCUGUUUGUGCAACUUCUGUCGGCAUUCGCUCCGUGUGACGCGGCGCUGCGUCUCUUCUCUGUGUGUGACUUCCAUAAAGUGCAGGAUUUCAAACUUGGGACUCCGCUUUCCUCAGUUGAUGGAGUUACAAAGUUUCUUCGGUCAACUCACAAUGGAAAGAAAAGCGCCCGUCGCCGGCUGUGAAGGCUUCCUGUGGUCAGAGUGGAUUACUGACUCCAGUAAGGAGAAGGAGCGCCACUCCAGGAUAUGAAGCCGGUUGCAGUGCUCGUACUGCAGACGCCUGCGGGUUGUUUCACGGACCUGUUCCUCCAUCACCUGCCCAUCUUGUGAAUGAGUGCGCGCUCAGGCGGGCGGACCCUCUUAAUUUAUGAGAAACAAUGUCACUUUGAUAAAAAAAAAGAAAAGAAAAAAAACACACACACUCUCUCUCACACACACACACACACACACUCACACAGUGCUGACUCACCACCACUGAUGAGGACCAAAGACUCCCCCGGUCAAGAGUCAGCUGUGUUUCCUUCUGCCAGCCCUCACUAAAACCUCCACCAUUCAGUGCUCCACGUUGCCGUGGAAAGAAACCCAAUGUCUGCCUCCUCUUCUCCGUCCUUACCUCGACCCUUCCUCCACGCUCUCUAUCCGCACCAGCCGUCCUCGCCUUCGUCCGGGCCGCUCUACACUCGGCUGUCCAACGGCGCUCACAGCGUCUACAGCCCCACCAACUCUUUCCACGGGGUGUCCUUCCUGCUGCAGAUCGGACUGACCAGAGAGACGGUGAACCUGGAGGCCGGUGACCUGUCGCUGUCCACUGUCAAGGACCUGGUGUGCUCCAUAGUGGACCAGAAGUUCCCAGAGUGCGGCUUCUUCGGCAUGUACGACAAGAUCCUGCUCUUCCGCCACGACUUAAACGACGAGAACAUCCUGCAGAGGCUGACCUCGGCGGAGGACAUCCACGAAGGAGACCUCAUUGAGGUGGUGCUCUCUGCUCAAGCCACAGUUGAAGACUUCCAGAUACGACCCCAUGCCCUUUACGUCCACUCCUACAAGGCCCCCACCUUCUGCGAUUACUGCGGGGAGAUGCUUUGGGGUCUCGUCCGGCAGGGGCUGAAAUGUGAAGGAUGUGGGCUGAACUACCACAAGCGCUGCGCCUUUAAAAUCCCAAAUAACUGUACUGGCGUGAGGAAGAGGCGACUGUCCAACGUGUCGCUGCCCGGACCCUGCCUCUCCGUCCCCCGACCGCCACCUGCCGAGAAUGCCGUGGUCGUCCCGGACGAGAGGUUCCAUCCGGAGGCCGGGAAGAGGAUCCUGUCCUGGAGCGGCCGGCCUAUCUGGAUGGAGAAGAUGGUGCUGGGUCGGGUCAAGGUGCCGCACACCUUCGCCAUUCACACCUACACUCGCCCCACUAUCUGCCAGUACUGCAAGCGUCUGCUCAAGGGUCUCUUUCGCCAGGGCAUGCAGUGCAAAGAUUGCAGAUUCAACUGCCAUAAGCGAUGUGCUUCAAAGGUACCUCGGGACUGUUUGGGGGAGGUGGACUUCAACGGAGAGCCCGCCAGCCCUGGCCCCGACUCCGACACCACCAUGGAUAACAUGGAGGUGGACAGUGGCGAUAUGGAUAGCGGCAGAGGACUGGACGACCCAGAGGAACCCUCCACCCCCGAUGAGAGGAUGUUCGACAUGGAUUCUCCCUUAUUGGAUAGAGAGAAGGACGAAGAGCCCAUCAAGGCUAUUAGCCCUUCCACCAGCAGCAACAUCCCUCUGAUGCGGGUGGUCCAGUCCAUCAAACACACCAAGAGGCGGAGCUCCACUGUGGUGAAGGAGGGCUGGAUGGUUCAUUGUACGAGCAGGGACAACCUGCGGAAGAGACAUUACUGGAGGCUGGACAGCAAGAACCUGAGUCUCUUCCAGAACGACACCGGAGCCAAGUUCUACAAAGAAAUCCCUCUGUCCGAGAUCCUCCAGGUGGAACAGCCCAGAGCCCACAGUCAUCUGUCCCAGGGCAGCAACCCACACUGCUUUGAGAUUAUCACCGCCACCAUGGUUUACUAUGUAGGGGAGAACAACUGCAGCCUCUACCACAGCCCCGCGCUGGCCGCCUCAGGAGUCGGCGUGGACGUGGCUCAGGGCUGGGAGAAGGCCAUCAGACAGGCCCUGAUGCCCGUAACCCCGCAGCCCAGUGUGGCCAAUCCUGCCGGCCAGGGUAAAGAUCACAAAGAGCUGUCCAUCAGCAUAUCAGUGUCCAACUGCCAGAUCCAGGAGAACGUGGAUAUCGCUUCAGUGUACCAAAUAUUCUCUGAUGAAGUGCUGGGAUCCGGCCAGUUUGGCAUCGUUUAUGGAGGCAAACACAGAAAGAGCGGCAGAGACGUGGCCAUCAAAGUUAUUGACAAGAUGAGAUUUCCUACCAAGCAGGAGAGCCAGCUGAGGAAUGAGGUGGCCAUAUUACAGAACCUGCAUCACCCAGGUAUCGUGAACCUGGAGUGCAUGUUCGAGACGCCGGAGCGGGUGUUCGUCGUCAUGGAGAAGCUGCACGGCGACAUGCUGGAGAUGAUCCUGUCCAGCGAGAAGAGCAAACUACCUGAACGCGUCACCAAGUUCCUCGUCACACAGCCCACUGAGUGUCUGCUGCAGCUCCAGGGCCUGUUUAUUCUUGUGAUCCUAGUGGCCUUGAGACAUCUGCACUUCAAAAACAUUGUUCACUGUGACUUGAAGCCUGAGAAUGUACUCCUGGCUUCCGCAGAGCCUUUUCCUCAGGUAAAGCUGUGUGACUUUGGCUUCGCCCGUAUCAUCGGCGAGAAGUCCUUCCGCCGCUCGGUGGUCGGCACCCCGGCGUACCUGGCUCCAGAGGUGCUGCGCAGUAAAGGCUACAACCGCUCCCUAGACAUGUGGUCGGUGGGAGUCAUCGUGUACGUCAGCUUGAGCGGGACUUUCCCUUUUAAUGAGGACGAGGACAUUAACGACCAGAUCCAGAAUGCUGCCUUCAUGUACCCCUCAACGCCCUGGAAGGACAUCUCCGCGGAGGCCACAGAUCUGAUCAACAAUCUUCUCCAAGUCAAGAUGAGGAAGAGGUACAGCGUUGACAAGUGUCUCAGCCAUCCCUGGUUACAGGACUACCAGACAUGGCUGGACCUCAGGGAGUUUGAGACGCAGCGAGGCGAGCGCUACAUCACCCACGAGAGCGAUGACGCACGCUGGGAGGAGCACGCCGACGAGCACAGUCUCGUUUACCCGAAGCACUUCAUCAUGGCUCCCAACCUGGACGACAUGGAAGAGGACCCCUAGUGGCACGGCCGGGGACUUACUACGCCACAUGUAGUAAUAAAUAAAAAAGGACAGGAAUCUUCACAGGGAGUCUUUGGGAGCGGCGGAUUUAACCCCCCCCCCCCAAGAACUGUUUGUUGUGGAAACAGAGGGAAGCCGAUCAGGUGGAGGCUCACUCUCCGGAGACUUUCACGUGGGGGGGGGGAAAAAACGACAGAAUUUGUAGCAAUGAUGCGCCGCCGCGGGAAGAAUGCGAGCAGAGUGCAGCAACGCAUUAAGAAACUGUCAGGAGAGAUGAGUGUUCAUCUUCUUUUUGCACGAUAUCCAAACAUUCCAUGGAUUUACUCACGUUGUUCGAAGCAAUCACAAACCGAAACGAGGUGAACCUAAUAGUCGAGUCGUUGCUCUCACAAUGCCGGAUAACUGAGUAAUAAUAUGGCUCUGGCCUUGGAUGUGAGACAGAGAGCUGGCUGACCCCAGGAGUAAAGGGCACUUUCACAAGAGAUUUUAAACAGUUUGCUUCUCUUCCCACCUGUUUGUGAGGCUGUCGUUAGGCAGACAACUGGAACUAUCACAUAUAUUUCUUUAAAGAAAAAAAUGUAUUUCCUAAACAUGGUAGAUUUUUUUGCACUAUAAAACCAUUGAACAUAUGGAAGAGGAACACGACUCGACUCUACAGAGAGCGAACGGUGUGAUAGCGUUUUAACCGGAGGUAAUCGGCAGAAAGUUCAUGCGGCUCGUGCGGUAUCGGCUGCUUUGUCACCAUUUAUUAUGACAAACCUCGAGACAUGCGGUUAGCGGCAGCUCAUAGUGUCCGAGUUUGAUCAACUUUCUCCAUGGAGUGAGGGACCAACAGACCAUGAGCAAAAAUACUCAUUUUAUUUCAGUGUUUCCAAACCUUUUCUAAAUCUACAAUGAAUAUUCAUUUCUUGAGUCACUGAAUAGUCAUUAAAUGCAAUAAUGGAGACAUUUGUUUUCUGUUGAACGUGAGGCAUGGACUCUAUGUUAGAGCGUCAUGUUUCUGUGCAUCUUGCUUUGGACUUUCGCAGUAUUCUUGAAUGCGACUUUUCAAGCACUUCAAUUCUGGAAGAUGUGUUUUUCCGAUUUAGGUUCCUGAAUGUUGCAAACCGAGGUUUUACACAGAACAAAAUAUUGGUGUGAGUUACCUUGUUUAUGAUGUUGUCUGGACCGUCGUAAAAGCCCUUUGUGUCUCGACAGCGGGCCGUACAAACUAUUACAAUGUUGUCCACAUGGGAGUUUAUUGUAAUGCAGUUUUGUUGUUUGCUCUGUUGGUGUGUUUUAGGAGUACGUUCCUGUUUGUUGUCCUCUUCCUAUCUUCUGUGUUGCCGCUGGAUUGGCAGGUGUCAGUGUUUUUGUAUAUUUCAAUACAUACCAAUGGAAUAAAAAAACAACACAAAUUUCUCAACUGAGGGCAAACACACUUUUCUUCAAGCCCUAAAUGUCUUUCUGCUCACGCCCCUGACUAAUAGUACAUGUUGCGUUCCAGUGCCUCAGUGUGCAUGCAUGCAUACGCAGCCCUGGCGUAUAGCGUUGUGCAUGUUGCAUCACUGUGUGUGUGUGUGUGUGUGUGUGUGUUGUGGUUUCACAUGUCAGAUCCUAUUCUCAGCAGCUGGAUGUGAUUGUUGCACCACACCGAGCCAGUCGCUCACCACAAGGGAGUAAUGACAUAGUUAAAGAGGGUGGUGGUGAAGUGGGGGUUUGUGGAAGGCUUUGAAAUCGCUAUCGUGGAGUCACUUCCAGUAUCAAACGUGUGCUCAGCUCUAUCGCAGAGAAUAAAUGGUCUUAUCCCUUCAGAACGGGACUAUUGUUUGAAGGUGCAUGUUCACUGUGAGCUUCGGAGAAAAGACAGCUGCCGUUGAUUUAGCAACAUCUUUGAAGUGUGCUUUCCCCGAUUCCUCCUCCAAUAUCUACACUGCAUUUGCUGUAGAUACCGGCUGAUCACUGUUAGCAAUCAUGGCUAGCAUUAUUGCCACGCUAUCAUCUUAAUAGCCACUGAUGAGAGGUUUUUCUCCCUCUAAAUGAUACGUCUCUCCUGCAUCUGGAUGUUUUCAAGAUGUGGGUCCUCUUUGCAGGCCAGAUGACCCCAUUAACCUCUAGGUGGGAGACGUUUAAAGACUGAAAGCCACAAAUACCACAGCACUGUUGGAGUUCACGGAGUUGGUCCACAUUCAGCGGUGAACAAAGGAAAUCCUGACUAAUUCCCGUAACAUGCCACAUAUUUUAGUGUAGCUUGUUUCAGUGAUAUCGUAAAGAUUCCUGGUGGAAAGAAGUGAAGCUACAGUGAACUGGAGGAACUGAGAUGGAGCUAAACUGCAUGGGAAAGAAAGUGAUAUGUCUCCCUCCUCUGGCUGGACGGAGAUGUAAACGUUUCAGUAAUCUAUGCCUGUUUUGAAACGUUGACAUCAAAAGGUUCGUGCUAAGUAGUCGUACCCUUGUAGUGUCCACUUUAUUAGGUACACCUGCACAAUCUAAAGCAAUCCAAUACAUGUGUCCUGCCAUUAAAAAAACAAUGUUAA